AUGCAGAGCUCACAGUCUCACCCCAAGCGGGCUGGUGAAGAUUUCACACGCUCCCAUCUCGAUCAGGACGAGCCUGAAGCCUCCUCAGAUAAAAAGCCACGAUUUGAUCUCCGCAAUCCCUCUGCUCUUGCGCCCGAAGCGCCCGAAGAAGACGCCGUUCUAGAUGCCGAUGAGAUUGGUCGACGAGGCCAAAAAUUACGAAGAAAAGCGAUCAACAUCGACGGUUACGACUCAGACAGUGACAAUGAGGGGUUCUCCGCACGCAGAGAGGAAAAAUCAAAGCAUGAACAGGAGAAGGAAGACGCCGACGACGACGACGACAUGUUCGCUGAGCUGGAGGACGACUUUGGCGAGGGCGAGGGCAAUGCCGAUGCCGACGAGACAGCGCGCAAAAAGAAGAAGAAUGUCCGAUUCCUACAGAACGACGAGAUCGAGGGCCAGGUUGCUUCCUCGACAGGCGGGAAAAAGUUAUCAGCCGACCUAAGCAAAGGUGCCGCCGAUGUGGUGAAUAAUGACGACUCGGAAAGUGAUAGUGAAGUCGACGAGGAGGAAAGGGCCAAGGCGGACGAAGAACAGGAUGAAGAACUUGGCGCUGGCGCAAAGAAGAAGCAUGCGCCUUUGCUCGAUGCAUUCAAUAUGGCGACGGAGCAGGAAGAGGGUCGGUUCGAUGAACAGGGCAAUUACGUACGAAGAGCCGUGGACCCGGACGCUGCUUACGAUUCCUGGCUGGAUGGGGUGUCCAAGAAGGAUAUCCGCAAGGCAAAAGAAGCCGCUGAAAAGCGCGACGAAGAAAGGAAGCAAAAGGACCGGAUGGAUGGGGAGGUGUUGACUGCUGAUGUUUUAAAAACAAUCAUCACAAACCUGGAACGUGGCGAAACAAUACUAGAAGCACUGGCCCGGCUCGGCAAGGGUCUUCAACGAAAGCCAAAAUGGCAGAACAAGAAGAAAAAUAACAAGGGGGGCAAGGAACCCGAAGACGCCGAGAUGACCGAUGAGAACUCGGACGAAGCUAGACGGCGGCAAGCGAUCGAGGCUGUUACUGGGGCCGCUGACAUCCUGAUGGGCCGCGAUCAGCCUGAAAUUUACGACACAGAGCGCGAGCUUCUCACUCGACAGUAUAAGAGCGAGACGGGCGAGGCGUGGGUUGAUCCGCCCUCGUCUGGCCCUGCAGAGCUUGAGCAAGGGCCUGCGAUGUGGGAGUAUCGCUGGUCUGACGCCCGCGAUGGCGGUGAUGCCCAUGGGCCUUAUGAAAGCUCUAUGAUGCAAGCAUGGCAAAGCGCCGGAUAUUUUGGUGAAGGCGUGGAGUUUCGCAGGGUGGGAGAUACAGGACCGUGGAGUGGUACAGUCAAUUUUGUGUAA